AAAAUUUACAUAAACUAGUUCAACGUUGUCGAUUCAAGUAUGUGACUGUCUAUCUUCUUCUUCUUCCCUGUUUCGACUUCUAAUGCGACACCGCUUUGGAUUGAAUGAGCACUCAAUCGUUUUUGUUAGUUCUGGUUUUUAAAUGGAGAUGGUCGGAUUACUGGUAGCGAAGGCGCGAAGUUCUUCGCCAUGUCCAAGCUUUCUAGACCUGAACUCAAGCAGGAAGUCCCAAAGGCCUAGCCGCUUCAGGAGCUCCUCAUGGCGCUGCAAGUUACAGAUUUUUAGCGGGCACAAAGGGAAUUGGGUUCAGGGUUUGUCUGAGGAAUUCAAGUUUGUGUUGAGCAGCUUUUGGAUUCCUCUUUCGAUCUCUGCGGGAGAAGGUUAUGAGGUACCUGAACGAGAAGAGUACCCAUCUUCGCUGGAGAAAAGGGUCAGAGAUGGAGACGAAACGAGAAAAGUUGAAGGCAAAAAGGAAGACUUCUCUAUUUGGAAUUGAGAUUUGGAUCCACCC